GACAAGGAUGACAUGUGGGCCCGACGUAUACAGGCUGAGCGAUUUAAGUGGUACAACAGUCAGUGGCUCGAGAUGAUUGAGGUCACCGAUCAGCACAGUGCGCGCACACCACUCGGACUACGCGACAGCGGACAGGAGUUCCGUCAUGCCUACUAUGACAGUGAGGAGGAAGACUCUGAAAACCUCGUGAUGGCAGCAACACUACUGGAGGAUGCGGCGGGUUGGUUUCCGUCAACUGGGAACAAACCCUCGCUCGGUGGCGAUAAAGGGGCACUGGAGCCUCCAUUAGACUACUUUGGCAACCUCGGCAUAUUCUAUCCUGGUACCGAGAAAGAUAUUGGUGCGAACAGUAACACAGCCACACAGAUGCUCAGGCACAGUCAAGGUGACCAACCCGACAUUGAACCCUCUUUCCUGAGUGGAAUUUUUUUGUUUCAGGAACUCUUAAUCGGUCUUUUUGGCCUACCACCGGAUCUUGAAUUUGACUCCCUCCCUGAAUACCUUGGUCCAGCGGUCUGGUUAUCGUAUGAGACUCGUGUUUUAUAUCCCCCUUGCCCCGCAUUUUGUUACUAA